AUGAUUAGGUGUACGUUGUCACGUUUGCCACCUUGCAUAAAAGGAAAUUUGCUCUUCUCAGCAUUGGCGGUAGUUAGGCAGAAAAGCGCGAAUAGCACGGCUCGCGCCCUCAUGGCCGCGGCGCGGGCUCCCGGUGCCCGGCGCGGCGCGGACUGGCGGAGGCUAUCGACCACCCCAAUGUAUGACAUGCGCGGGUCGCACGGGUUGACGUUGGCAAUGGCAAACCGAUAUAAAGGCCGCCCCGUGCUCGUGGUGCUAGGCGCGGGCUCGGGCGCGGCGUGCUGGCAGCGUGCGAGCUGGCCGAGCGCCGGCCGCGCCGCGUCGCGGGUGUAUAACGGCAUCAUAACUGCCUAUACC